GCUCGCCCGCAGCUGGAGCGGCCGCCAUCUUGGAAUUGGCGCUUGGCGAGAAGGGAGACCCGGAGGCGAAAAUCUGGAGGGGAGGGGGGGUCCGUCCUCCUCCUGCUCCCCCCUGCUCCCCGGUCGCCAUGGCAACGGCUGCUGCUAGCCAAGAAAUGGCAUCAGACGUUCCUGCGUUGGGCGCUGCUUCUGGAACAUCCGGACCAGGCACACAUUCAGGGGGAGCCAUCGUCCAGAGAGCAAACAAGCGGAGGCCCGGGCUUGAAUUUGAAGAUGACGGGGAAGGGAACAGCAAAUUUCUCAGAUGUGAUGAUGACCAACUCCCGAAUGACAAAGAGAGGUUUGCCAGGUCUGAUGAUGAACAAAGUUCAGCGGAUAAGGAAAGACUGGCCAGAGAGAACCACAGUGAAAUUGAGCGCCGUCGGCGGAACAAGAUGACAGCAUACAUCACGGAGCUGUCGGACAUGGUGCCCACCUGCAGCGCCCUGGCCCGCAAGCCGGACAAACUCACCAUCCUCCGCAUGGCUGUCUCCCACAUGAAGUCCCUCCGGGGCACUGGCAACACCUCCACCGAUGGCAGCUACAAGCCGUCCUUCCUCACGGACCAGGAACUCAAGCACUUGAUCCUGGAGGCAGCGGACGGUUUCCUCUUUAUCGUGUCCUGCGAGACGGGCCGGGUGGUCUACGUCUCUGACUCGGUGACCCCCGUCCUCAACCAGCCUCAGUCUGAGUGGUUUGGCAGCACACUUUACGACCAGGUGCAUCCGGACGAUGUGGAGAAGUUGCGGGAACAGCUUUCCACCUCCGAGAAUGCCCUCACAGGUCGUAUCCUUGACCUAAAGACUGGAACCGUCAAGAAGGAAGGCCAGCAGUCCAUGAGGAUGUGCAUGGGUUCCCGGAGGUCCUUCAUAUGUCGGAUGAGGUGCGGCAACGCAGCAGUCGAUCCAGUUUCCAUGAACCGCCUCAGUUUCAUGCGGAACAGAUGCAGGAACGGAUUGGGUGCGGUGAAGGAAGGCGAACCCCAUUUUGUCGUGGUCCACUGUACAGGCUACAUAAAAGCGUGGCCGCCAGCAGGGGUGUCACUGCCAGAUGAUGACCCAGACGCUGGACAAGGAAGCAAAUUUUGUCUGGUGGCCAUCGGCAGGCUGCAGGUCACAAGCUCGCCCAGCUGCGCAGACAUGAACACUGUGUGCCAGCCGACAGAGUUCAUCUCCCGCCACAACACGGACGGGAUCUUCACCUUUGUUGACCACCGCUGCAUGGCCACCGUCGGCUACCAGCCCCAGGAACUCUUAGGGAAGGACAUUGUUGAUUUCUGCCACCCUGAAGACCAGCAGCUUUUGAGGGAUAGCUUUCAGCAGGUGGUGAAGCUAAAAGGCCAAGUUCUAUCAGUCAUGUUCCGUUUCCGGUCCAAGAACCGAGAAUGGCUGUGGAUGAGAACUAGCUCCUUCACCUUCCAGAAUCCGUACUCGGACGAGAUCGAGUACAUCAUCUGUACCAACACCAACGUGAAGAAUGCUAGCCAGGAGCCUCGGCCUGCCUUGCCAAACCCAAUGCAGAGGCCCCAGCUGGGCUCGAAUGUCAGCCUGCCCUUGGAGAUGGGGUCAGCGCAGCUCUCGGCAAGGCAGCAGCAGACAACGCAACCAGCAGAACUCGAAGUGGUCCCUGGAAGGGAGAGCUUAGGCAGUUAUGAUCACACACAGGCUGCUGUUCAGUCUGUCGCCCCUACAGGCCCAGAGCACGGCAAGCCUCUGGAGAAGACAGAGACCCUGUUCAGCCAGGAGCGGGACCCUCGUUUCAGUGACAUUUACGGCAGCAUCAGUGCAGACCAGACGAAAGCCAUUUCCUCCAGCACUGUGCCUGCCAACCGGUCUCUCUUCUCUCAGGGGAACACUUUUGUAGCUUCACGCCCAACUGAGAACUUCAGGAGCAGUACCAUGGUGCCUCCAGCAAACGUGAUCCAGCAGCAACCACAGCCGCCAUCCUCUCGUUCGACCUCAGCAGGACAGAUCCUGGCCCAGAUCUCUCGGCAUGCCAAUCCUGAUCAGGUCUCCGGGAAUGCCUGGGCUUCUGGCACACGCCCGUCUUUCACAGCUCAACAAGUGACUUCUCAGGCUGUUAAGACUCGGACCCCGUCUUUCGCCAUGGGCACCUUCCAGGCCACUCCGUCGUCCUUCAGUCCCAUGUCGACGCCCAGUUCCACAGGGUCACCAGGUGGAGCCACCUACCCAAAUCUUACAGGCCGGAAUGCCAACUUUGCAGCUGGAGAGGGUGGGCAGACCCCAGCUCAAUUUCAGACUCGGACGGCAGAGAAUGUUGGCGUGUGGCCACCAUGGCAGAGCCAGCACCAUGGACAGAGCCCAGGAGAGCCCCACGUCCAGCAGCAGCCAAAUCAGCCAGAAGUCUUCCCGGAUAUGUUAUCCAUGCUGGGAGACCAGGGAACUAACUACAAUAAUGAAGAAUUCCCAGAACUGAACAUGUUUCCUCCCUUUUCGGAAUAAGGACUGAAACCGAUGUGUGCAGACAUCACAGUUUUCCAUGUAAGGGGAAGAGUGGCUGGAUCUCUUCCUUUCUCUCUCUCUUUCUCGCUCUCUCUCUCUCUGAGUCCUUUCAGACUGCCAAAGUCUUCCUGCGAUAAGGAAGCAGAAUUGUCCAGCAAGGCUGCUCCAGUCGAAGGCCAGCUUGUUCCUAAUGUGGGCAGACGCUUCCGUGCCACAGCAGCCUCCUCACAACCAGACUGGAAGUUUUAGAGAACAUUGAACAUGGUUUUGAAACAAGUGCGGGGAUGUGCGUGUAUGUUCCUCCCGCCCCGCCAGGUGCAAGUGGAGAGACUUACGGGGUGCAAUCAUCAGGGAUUUUUAAAAAGUUCAGCAGGUGGUUGUUUUUUAAAACACUUCUAUGCCAUAACCUUUUAUACAUAUACAUAUAUAUAUAUAUUAAAAAUGUAUUCUUGUUUAUACAUGUCAGGGAACAGGGGGUGGCAGAGUUUGUCACUAAAUGAUGCACACCCUUAUGUUAUUUCUGUCAUCGAUGAACAUGGAGGUGUCUAGGAACUCUUAGCCACAUGUGUCAAGUCGUGUGCACCAACACCCAUGUCUGAUUUUGCACGUAACUCGAGCAGUGUUAGCGAAAUGCAGGAGCGCUCCAGCUUGCUCCUCUCCCUGUUGUUCUGUAGGCUGACACCAUGGCACUCCUUGUGAGUCUGACACUCUGCUGCCCUGCAUCUGAAUAUUCUGAGGGCACCAUAUCUGCCUGCAGUUUGGGGAAGUGAGGGUGCUGACAGCCACUGGGAAGAGUGCGGGGUGGGCACAAGCAAAGAGAAAGGGGCCCAGACCAGAGGGAAGGCAGACACCUUCCCGUACCUUCAUGGCUUGGAAGCUCAAAUGAGAAACAGAAGACGGUUACUUGCCUCCCAGUUAUCCAGAUAGUGCUUGUUUUUGCAGGAGGCCAGUUUCAUCAGGAUGUCUGUCUGUAACCUCUGUGAUUAAAGUGCGGUAGCCACCUCCUCCCUUGUAAUGUGCUGGGGGGGGGUGGCACUUUUCAAGCCAUAAAAGCAUCAGUGACAGAAAGCUUUUGUAUUUGCUGGGUUCACAUGGGUUUCCUUAUUGUUUGUCAAUCCAGUGUAAAAUAGACCUGUGCACAAUCCUU